GGUCCUGGAGCUCUCCAGGCCCGGUAUGUCUGUCACCGCUCUGGUGCCUCUUUUGCGGGCCGGGCCACCGCGUGUGUAGGAUUGAGUAAGAAGCUGGUACAAGGCUGAGGCUGUUGAGCUCAGGCUCUGCGCUCCGGGUAAGGUGCCUGCUGGGACUCUGACGAGCUCAGCUCCCUGGGUCAAGCAGGUGCCAGAACACUGUGCUGUGGUGUCUCCAGCAGCCCUGAGGGCUCUGUGCUCACCCUGUCCUGGUGGUGUCUGAGUUCGAACAUGGUGCAAAAAUACCAGUCUCCUGUCCGAGUGUACAAGUAUCCAUUUGAGCUGGUCAUGGCGGCCUACGAGAAACGCUUCCCCACCUGCCCUCUCAUUCCCGUUUUCCUGGGUAGCGAAAUCCUGGGCGAGUGGAGAAGCGCGGAUGGGGCCGUGCACACGGUGGAGAGGAGCUGCCGGCUGCGUGUGGACGCCCCGCGGUUGCUGCGGAAGAUCGCUGGUGUGGAGCAUGUGGUCUUUGUGCAGAGAAACGUCCUAAACUGGAGAGAGAGGACACUGCUGAUAGAUGCCCACAAUGAGACCUUUGCGAGCCGAGUGACCGUGAAGGAGAACUGCCGCUACACAGUCCAUCCUGAGAAUGAAGACUGGACUUGCUUUGAACAGUCGGCCUCCCUGGAUGUCCGGUCUUUCUUCGGCUUUGAAAGCACCUUGGAGAAGAUCGCCAUGAAGCAGUACACCGCCAACGUCAAGAGGGGAAAGGAAGUAAUUGAGCACUACCUGAGUGAGCUCAUUUCUCAGGGAACAUCUCACAUUCCCCGCUGGACACCUGCCCCAGUCCGGGAGGAAGAUGCCUGCAGCCGGGUUGUUCACCAGUGUCCCAGCUCCAUGGUGACAGACGGCCCCAGUGAUGCCCCAGGCCCUGAUCCUGAGAUGGCCACAGCUGAUGGGGACAAGCUGGAUGCAGACUACAUCGAGAGGUGUCUGGGCCAUCUCACGCCCAUGCAGGAGAGUUGCCUGGUCCAGCUUCGGCACUGGUUACAGGAGACUCACAAAGGCAAGAUCCCCAAAGAUGAGCACAUCCUGCGCUUCCUGCGGGCACGAGACUUCCACCUGGACAAGGCCCGAGACAUGUUGUGCCAGUCCCUGAGCUGGCGGAAGCAGCACCAGGUGGAUCUCCUUCUGCAGACCUGGCAGCCCCCUGCUCCCCUGCAGGAGUUCUAUGCCGGAGGCUGGCACUACCAGGACAUAGAUGGCCGCCCCCUCUACAUCCUGCGCCUGGGCCAGAUGGACACCAAGGGCCUGAUGAAGGCAGUGGGCGAGGAGGCGCUGCUGCAGCAUGUUCUUUCUGUCAACGAGGAAGGACAGAAGAGAUGCGAAGGGAACACGAAAGAGUUUGGCCGUCCCAUCAGCUCCUGGACUUGCCUCCUGGACCUGGAGGGCCUCAACAUGCGGCACCUGUGGAGGCCGGGGGUGAAGGCCCUGCUGCGGAUGAUCGAGGUAGUGGAGGACAACUACCCGGAGACCCUGGGCCGGCUGCUCAUCGUGCGUGCGCCUCGCGUAUUCCCGGUGCUAUGGACGCUGGUCAGCCCCUUCAUCAAUGAGAACACCAGGAGGAAGUUUCUCAUCUACAGUGGCAGCAAUUACCAGGGCCCUGGGGGCCUGGUGGACUACCUGGACAAGGAUGUGAUCCCUGACUUCCUCGGAGGAGAGAGUGUGUGUAAUGUUCCAGAAGGAGGCCUGGUCCCCAAGUCUCUGUAUCUGACUGAAGAAGAGCAGGAGCAGGCUGACCAGCUCCGGCAGUGGAGUGAGACCUACCAUGCAGCCAGCGUGUUCCGCGGGACCCCCCACGAGGUUGCCAUGGAAAUCCCAGAAGGGGAGUCAGUCAUCACCUGGGACUUUGACAUCCUCCGAGGAGACGUGGUGUUCAGUCUGUACCAUGUGAAGCAGGCCCCCAAGCUGGGUCCCCAGGAGCCUGGGGUUAGAGCCAGUGGGCAGCUAAUUGACAAGAGCUGGGUCCUUGGGACAGAUUACAGCCGUGUAGAGGCGCCCCUCAUCUGCUGGGAAGGUCAGAGCGUUCAGGGUUCCCAUGUGACUCAGUGGCCUGGCAUCUACCUGCUCCAGUGGCAGAUUCACAGUCCCGCUGAGAGUGUGGCCUGCAGCCUCCCAGGGGUGGAGGAUGUCCUGACGGCUCUGCACAGCCCUGGUCCCAAGUGUAAGCUCCUGUACUACUGUGAAGUGCUGGCAUCUGAAGACUUUAGGGGCUCCAUGUCCAGCCUGGAAUCCUGCACCAGCCGCUUCUCUCAGCUCAGCGCCACCACCUCUUCCUCCUCCUCUGGACAGUCCCACAGUGGCUCAGUGGUGUCCAGAUAGCUGACCGGGAACCUGCUGGCAGCCCGAGUGCUUCUGGUACCAGGCAGCGUCCAGGAUGAGAAGAGGGCCAGUCCAGACAUCUGGGACCAUGCUGGAUAUAGGGUGGCACAGCUGGGGUGUGGGGACCCCACAGCAGAGAUCCAGCUCUCUGCCUGUGUGCAGAAGGAGCCUUACUUCACCGCCCUUGAGGGGACAAGGACAGGCCCGAUUCUUUUGAAUUUCUUUUAAAAGCUGAGACCUCAUGGAUGCUCCAUCUCCUAUGUCCAAGACCUGGAGACUAGAGCUGGGACAGGGACUGGGCCCCGACUCACCAUUGACUGUGCUUCUAAUAGGUUGGCCCUUUCCUCAGGGAGGCCUUUUCUACCAAGGGAUCAUCACUGUUCGGUGCCGUCACCCAUCUCCCAGGAGAGUACAGAAGGGAACUUCGCCCGUAAUAUGCUUUAUAUUGUAAUAAGCAAAAAACUGUUUCAUUUACUAGAGACAUAUGCUGGAGCAUUGUCAGUUUUAAUUUGUACAGGUAUACCCAUGAUGGCUAUAACUUCUAGCAAACCUGUGAUUAAAGAAUUAGCCUUCUCAGAACUCAAA